AAGAGAUCCCCCGGACUCACCCUCUUCCUCUUCCUUCUCCCUUUCUUCUCUCUCCUCCCUCUCUCUAUCCAGUGUGCCGAUUCUCCCCCCCCCUCCUCCCCUCAUGUCCUACUACGUCGCACCCAGCCAGCAGCGCACCCUCCGCGCCUGCAUGGUCUGCUCCCUCGUCCAACUGCACAGCAAAUUCAUGCGCGAAGGCUGCCCCAACUGCGACAACGUCCUCCGCCUCCGCGGCAGCAACGACGCCAUCCAAGAAUGCACCUCCCAGGUCUUCGAGGGCCUGGUGACACUCCGGGAUCCUGCCACUAGCUGGGUGGCUCGGUGGCAGCGACUGGAUAGCUAUGUCCCGGGGACGUAUGCGGUGAAGGUGACGGGCUCGCUUCCCGACGAGAUCAUUUCCGGUUUGGAAGAUUCGGGGGUCAAGUAUAUCCCGAGGGACGGGAGUACAGGUGAAGAGGAGCAUUAAGUGUGCUGAGGGGGUUCUUCCUCGUGUUAUCAACUACACGCUUCCCAAUGCGACAUGGUGGAUGACAAUAUUUCACUGUUGCAGCGGAUUUUCGAGAGGAACCUGGAGGGGGGCUGCUUCCUGCUAGACUUGCACAAUACUGGAGUUUGGGGUGUGUUUCUUUGUUUGUUUGCGAGAGCUGUACGGUACUGGGGCUUGGUUGAUAUGAUCUGUUGCUGCAUUGGAGUUCCUUCCCUCUUACUUGGAAAACUGUUUUAUAAUCCCCGAUGGUGAACCAACUGCGUCACACUCGAUACCCAGAUAGAUACA